UCUGCACGGAUUACGGAUGUUUCAAUGAGGCAAUAACAAGUCAGUUCACGGACCUUCUUCCCUUUCUGCCAGCAAUUUCCAGAGAGUCGUGAACAAGGGGAACGCAAAAAACGGAUUCAUUCAUUUUAAGUUGAGCAUUUUUGGUUAAUUUUCUGUUGUCUUUUCUGCUUUUCUUGAGCAUCUAUCCAAGAACACAAUUUCUUAGCUCCUAUUCUUUUGACAUGGAAGUGAGAUGUCGCCCAAUGUUGACGAGCUGUGCUCUUGCGGUUCUUUGCUUCAUCGUUCAUUCCGUGGAUGCUUUUUUCGGGGACAGACAGUACCUCAACGAAUGGGCAGUCGAGAUUCCAGGAGGACCCGACGCUGCCAGGUUAAUCGCCAGAGAAUUGGACUACGAUUUGGUCCGACAGAUUGGGACCCUAGAAAACCAUUAUUUAUUCAAACACCCAAAUCAUCCUAGCAGGAUGAAAAGAAGUGCACCUCAUAUCACCAAACGGUUGUCUGAGGACGACAGGGUGUCAUGGGCAGAGCAACAGUACGAGAAGCGUCGCAGUAAGCGAGCGUCGCUCAGGAGCUGCAAGGACUGCCCUGCAGACAAGCUCUUUGAUGAUCCAAUGUGGAACCAGCAGUGGUAUCUGCAAGACACCAGGACCUCGUCCUCCCUCCCCAAACUGGACCUGCACGUGAUUCCCGUGUGGAAGAAAGGCAUCACGGGCAAAGGUGUGGUCAUCACCGUUCUGGACGACGGCCUGGAGUGGAACCACACCGACAUCUACCCCAACUACGAUGCAGCAGCCAGUUAUGAUUUCAACGACAAUGAUCCCGACCCAUUCCCCAGAUAUGACUCCACUAAUGAGAACAAGCAUGGGACCAGGUGUGCUGGUGAGAUAGCCAUGCAAGCAGACAACAACAAAUGUGGGGUUGGAGUAGCUUACAAUUCCAAGGUUGGAGGGAUCCGCAUGCUGGAUGGUAUUGUGACGGAUGCCAUCGAGGCCAGUUCAAUUGGGUUCAACCCGAACCAUGUGGACAUCUACAGCGCCAGCUGGGGGCCCAACGAUGACGGCAAGACAGUGGAGGGGCCCGGUCGUCUAGCCCAGAAAGCCUUUGAGUAUGGCAUUCAGAAGGGGCGUGGAGGGAAGGGCUCGAUAUUUGUGUGGGCGUCAGGAAACGGAGGCCGUCAAGGGGACAACUGCGACUGUGAUGGCUACACGGAUAGCAUCUAUACAAUCUCCAUUAGCAGUGCCUCACAGCAGGGCCUGUCACCCUGGUAUGCUGAGAAGUGUUCCUCCACACUGGCCACAGCCUACAGCAGUGGGGACUACACCGACCAGAGAAUAACAAGUGCAGAUUUGCAUAAUGAAUGUACCGAGACACACACCGGAACAUCCGCUUCCGCCCCACUGGCUGCUGGGAUAUUUGCCCUGGCACUUGAGCAGAACCCAGAGCUUAACUGGAGAGACCUGCAGCAUUUAGUGGUGUGGACAUCUGAGUUUGACCCCCUUGCCAAUAACCCAGGCUGGAAAAGGAAUGGGGCAGGCCUCAUGGUGAACAGUCGCUUUGGAUUCGGCCUGCUCAAUGCCAAAACUCUUGUGGACCUGGCAGACCCGGCCACCUGGAAACACGUCCCUGAAAAAAAGCAAUGUAUCGUCAGAGAUGAAGCUUUUCAGCCUAGGGCAUUGAAAGCAGCAGGGGAAAUCACCAUAGAAAUUCCCACCAAGGCGUGUGUAGGGCAGGAGAAUGCUGUUCUGUCACUGGAGCAUUUGCAAGUGGAGGCCAGUAUUGAGUACACCCGAAGAGGAGACUUGCAUAUCACGCUCAUGUCCCCGUCAGGAACUAGCACGGUACUUCUGGCUGAAAGAGAGAGGGACAUUUCCUCCAACGGUUUCAGGAACUGGGACUUCAUGUCUGUCCACACCUGGGGUGAGGAUCCCACUGGUACUUGGACUCUCAAGAUCACAGACACGUCAGGGCGGAUGGAAAACGAAGGUCAGAUCUUGAGCUGGAAGCUGAUUCUCCACGGGACCUCAGAGAAACCGGAGCACAUGAAGGAACCCAGGGUGUACGUUCCCUACAAUGCCGUGCAGAACGACCGGCGUGGCGUGGAACACAUGGAUGACAUGAUGGAGGAGCUCCCCAAAGAGAAGACCCCGCCCCAGAAGACCCUGCCCAGUCCUGCCAAGGUCUCACUUCCCACAAACCCAGGGAAAGAGCCGCCUUCUACCUCUCCCCUGUCCCCCUCCCUCGCUCUGCUGCGUCUUCUCCAAACUGCCUUCAACCGGCAGACCCCGGCCUCCCUGCCCACAUCCCCAGCAAAACCCCUGUCCUCCUGGGGGAGCCACUACCAGCGUCUUCCCCCACAGAAGCUGUACCAGGCCCUGGAUAGGAUCAACCAGUACCGGGGGAAAGAGGACAGCCUGUACAGCGACUACAGUGAUGGCUUCUACAGCACCAAGCCCUACAGGCACAGAGAUGACCGGCUGCUGCAGGCACUGUUCGACAUGCUGGGAGAUGACGGCCAAUGAGGUGGGAAGGAGGGGGCGGG